GUAGAUAUGCCUUUGUCUUUUGAACAUGUCGAUCCAAUAAAAAACCGUUCAUUUUUUAUAUUUGGAUUUUUAUAUAAGAAAUCGGGCCAAACUAACGGAUUUGGGCUUGAGUUGGGCUCAGCAAAAGCCCGCCCACAGCAGCACCUAUCUUCUUCUUCGCCUAUCCUUUAGCUUCAAGGGCAGGGAGACGCAAGCUUUCCCAUCUUCGGGAUUUGAUAGAUCGAUUCUCUCCAAUUUUCCCGGAUGCCAAACAGAACUUCCACACCGCCGCAGCCAUCGCCAUAAUGCUGAGAAGAAAAGCCACCAAAAUCGACGUGAGCAUCGAAGACAAAGAAGAGAUCGAACAAGCCCGCAAAACUGCCGCCGACGCCGCCGCCAUCCCUUCCGCCGGCGACGCUCUCGUCCGACUCCUCGACCGCACCCAAUCCAACAACCCCGCCGCCCCCUCCAAAUCCCAACGCAUCGGCCUCUCCUCCUCUUGAAAUCUCAAGCUUCCGCCGCUUCAAUGGAAGUGGAGGUCAAGCUAGGGCUUCCCAACGCCGCCGCGCACUCCAAAUUCAAAUCCCUGAUUUCCGAAUCCCACAUCAAGACCGUCAACCAGCAGAACCUCUUCUUCGACACCCCCACCGCCGCGCUCGCAUCCAAGCGCGCCGUGCUCCGCCUCCGAUUCCUCGACGGCGUCACACGCUGCGUAGUUUCGCUGAAGGCCAAGGCUGUUUUGGUCGAUGGGGUGAGCCGGGUCGAAGAAGACGAGGAGGAGAUCGACCCGGUACUGGGCCGGGCCUGCGCCGCCGACCCGAUGAAGCUGGGCUCGGUUGAUUCGAGGAUUGUGAGGAGGUGCAGGGAUGAGUUCGGCGGUGGGAAGGAGAUGGGGUUUGUUUGCUUGGGAGGGUUUGAGAAUGUGAGAGAUGUUUAUGAAUGGAGAGGGAUGAAGCUGGAGGUGGACGAGACCAAGUAUGCUUUCGGAGUGAGCUAUGAGAUUGAGUGCGAGAGUGAGGAUCCUGAAGCGGUGAAGAAGGAGCUCGAAGGGUUUCUGAAGGAGAAUGGGGUUGAUUACAAGUACUCUGAGAUGUCAAAGUUUGCUGUUUUCCGAUCUGGGAAGCUGCCGUGAGAGUAAGUGAUCAUGGUAAAGCUCUUGAAUUUCGGCUAUGAAUUUGGGAUUGGUGUGAUUGUAGGAUUGCUUGAUUGAACAACAGGGAGUGAUGAAACUAAGCUAGUAGUGAAGCUGUGUUCGCUCUGUUUACUUGUAGAUGCUAUUGGGAGUUCUGAAUUCUGAUGUCAUACCAGCUUGUUUAAUCAAAUCCUCCAUGGAAUAAUCUCUCCAGAGACCAUAAUAACCUUACUAAUAGAAUCGAUUCUGUUGUAAUUAUGAAACUCUUGGUCUUCAUUACUGUAUCAUUGAUGAACAAUGAAAGAGUUGCAAUACGAGUAUCUCAUAUAUAUCUCCUGGACCAUUUUUUUUGUAGGAGUACUACCUGUGAUCGUGAUCACGGUGGGGAUCUGUCCACCGUAAUUAAUUUCGUGUUGAUCUGGAUUUCUGAUCGAAGAGACCCUCUGCGGCAGUCUUUGUUUCAUCAUCUCAAUGUCAAUUAUCUUGUUCUGCUGAACCAGUUCUUGGUGUCCAUCAGGAAUUGAAGCCACCUAUGAAUGCUAUUAUUACUCCUUACCGUGUUCUGCAAUGAACUUCGACUAGUGAUUUUUGAAGUCGGAUUUCGACAUAAGUAGUACGCUGAGUAAUUGACGACAUUGUAUUGUUCUGCAAGUGUUGGUUUAAGUAUGGCGUUUUAAGCAUUUUUCUGCUGUUUUUGGGAUUUAUUAUUCAAGAGUAUUCCUCCUUGUCCAGGUUAACUGAAUGGGUAAAGGUCGUCCUAAAAAUGACUAACCAUCGUCCUAACUUAAUAUGUAAUUUACCGAAUUGCCCAUUUUGAAUUUCAAAAUCAAACACAAAACAAACAACCCCUCCCCUUCCAUAAAUCUAAAAAAUAUAA